AAAUUCUUAUCGCUUCCGGCAAAUAAAGAAAAAGGAAAAAAAAAAACGUUUUCUCUGUCAAUCUCUAGCGAUAAGAUCACUGGUCGAUGCAUAUGUCUCCAAUCGUGCAACUGACGUAAUUUAAACAUGAAAAAAGUUUGCAACGUCGCAAUCAACGUGAAUCGAGCAGGCGUGAAUCCGCGAAGAUAAGUUCAUAACUGUCGAAACUGCAACUCGCGAAUGUGCGAAAGAAGUGCGUACAAACGCGAUAAAGCGCGAAAAUGCGCUACGGGACGUCGUAAAUUCGAUCCUUCGCCCGGAUAACUCGAUAAGUUCUGCGAGAUGCGCGAUGUGCCGAUAUGUAAAAGUAACACGAGUUUGCCUUAUCUUCGGAUAUUGGUCGAUAACAAACGGUACAAUCUGAUUUAAAAACGCUUUUUGUACAAAGCGAGAGAGAAGGGAAGGCGAAGGAAAAGAGAAAGAAAAUUUUAAUCGUAAAAAAUUAUACAUCUUCCUGCCUAAGUGACGAAAUGAAACGCCGCAUAAUGAAAUCUUCGUUCAAAAAUAUCCUCGCAAAGUUAAGUUGAGAUUACGUCAUUAGAAUUCUUUCGAAAUAUCUCAUCUGUGCAAUAUCGGAUUACGUCUAAAAAGGCUUUAAGGGUUAAUUUUAAGGAUCAAUCUGUUUUUUUUAGAUUUAAAUCUCGCUUUUUAAGUAUUAAUAACAAGUAAUUUUAAAUAAUUUUGUAUCGGUUGAUACCAGUUUUGUAAGCUCUUUUUCUCACCCAUCAUUUACUACACAGUACAUUAAAUUGCACACUCAUUUCUUUUUUGCAGAAUUCUUACAACUAAUCACGUAAUUGCUAGUCAAACGACUUUGUAUGUACAUUCUUAAUUAUGUAUGCUUCACAUUGAUACAAUUUGCAUACAUUUUUCAUCUAGAAAGAUGUAUCCAAUCGUUGAUGCCUACUUUAUGGAAGUUAUACGAAAGGCGUGGUUCUAGAGUAAAUCUUUUUACGAGCAAAUCUCGUUUGAUCAUACGCUGUACAUGUAAAAAUAGUUUUUUCAUAUGCGUGACGUACAAGGAACAUGAUGCAACAUAUGCACAUGAGUGAGUAGCUGCGGGCAUGUCGAAGCCACGAGACGGAAAGUGAACUGACUCAAUCGCAGAGCAAUCCUGAAGAAGUGGAUACCGCGGUGACAAAGCCGACAUUCAUCUGGAUCGUAUCGAAGCAUUUUCUACACAGACUGUACAUUGCUAAGUCCGUCCGUCCGUCCGACUCCUACCAAGAUUAAGGUGUUGUUGAAGGGGAGUCGAGUGUGUGAAGAGAAUGACGGAUAGCCAGCAGCAGUUUUGCUUGCGGUGGAAUAACUUUCAGGCGAACAUCACAAGCCAGUUCGAGGCGCUGCGAGAUGACGAGGACUUCGUCGACGUUACCUUCGCGUGCGACGGCAGGCGACUCCAGGCGCACAAGGUCGUCCUUUCCGCGUGCAGCCCUUACUUCAAGGAGUUGUUCAAGACAAAUCCUUGCAAACAUCCGAUAAUUUUCAUGCGGGAUGUCGAGUUUGAACAUCUACAAUCACUAUUGGAAUUUAUGUACGCUGGUGAGGUAAAUAUCUCGCAGGCCGAAUUACCUACAUUUUUGCGUACUGCUGAAUCUCUUCAAAUCCGUGGCCUCACCGACUCCCACAGUAAUCAGCACAACAACGAAAAGCACUUGAAGACAAACAACAUCCACGCAUCGAAUGGUCGCGGUUUGAUCUCGCCAACUUUUGACGAUGAACGCAGUAAAUCUCCACCACCUUCAAGCCCUCCACCACUGAAAAGGCUGUGUAAAAACAAUAGUGAUUCAUCUCCAGUUUCUAGUCCAGUACCCACUGUGCCGCCUUGCGCUACCAUUGCACCUCGCUCGCGCCCACUUAUCGAGCCUCAAGUUCAGCUCGAUUGUUACAAAGAUCUCGAUAUUGUUGAGCCAAAAAUAGAAUUACCUGAAUAUGGCAGUGACGACGAUUGCUCACCUAAACCGGAAGCUAACGCAUUACCCAGUGGAUUUCUCAGCUUGGAUAGUGGUAUGGAAGUGCUACCGUCUUAUCCACAGUCUUAUCAAGGGAGCCAGAGUGUCGAAGGAGGAAUGCCAGGUCCAUCGCAUGGGAGUACGGAAUUGAAUCAGGAGCAGCAAGCGCGAAGAAUACGUCGCGGUAGGCCGCGACUCGGAACCAGAGGUGGCAAGCACUCCUCGCCGUCCGUUCACAGAAAUUCGCCCUCCAGAAACGACUGGCUGCCCUUGGACAUGAGAACGACCCCGCCAGCUGCGAUGCCUGCCUAUCGCACCGGAUUCGAGGAAUCCUCCUCGGAUGGUGUGGUCCAUCUGGGCGAGGGAAUAGCUGUUUGCGAGGAGCAACUGAGGGCCGUCAAAUGGAGCGAUUAUCGCAAGUUGACGCGUGGAUUAGCCGCGAUAUUGUUCAGCCCGACGGAGUUGGCGACAUGCUCCGUCACCGGUCAACGUUGGAGCCGUGCCGGCACAGCUACCGAACGUCCUGUGAAGCCUGCUCUUGACAAGGCUAAGGUUCAAGCUAUUAUAUCUUACGUGACAUCGAGAUUUCCGUCGGUGGACGUCAGCAGUGUUAAGCAGGUUUUAGCGUACAAGUGCAAGGAGAACUCCACCGCCCUGAAGAUGAAGUCUAUACGAUACAUAUGCGAUAGACAGGACACGGAUACAUCACCGCGGGGCGAGCCCGAAGACAAGUGAGAGGGGGCACAGGGUGCGUGCAGGUUGCAGCCUGCUUCUCAAUCCCGUCGCGUCCUGCCGCACCCUUCAUCCGAUACGGUCAGCUCGCCACAGCGCUCGCAGAGUCAGCACGAUCACAAUUACCAUCAUGAUAAUGAUAGUAAUAAGGAGCGGUGCGUCGACGAGCGUCAACCGCAGCGCAACCGUGACGAAGGGCGCAAGAGCGACUCGCCGUCCCACGCGUCGGGUGUCGAAAUGCUGAUACCUUUGCACGCGCUUCGCGACGCGUUUCACUCCACCCUGGGAACGGCGGCGACCUCGUUCAUCAAGUUGCGGUUUCAACCGGCGACACCGAUCGAGAAGAUCUAAGGGGCAGGACGGCGGACAAGGUUUGACGUAAAAAAAGAGCUGAGAGAUUUCUAAUGGUUUUACCGCGCACGGUAAUACACGCGAUACGAUGAGAUAUUCGACAUUCGUUCACUUUAUUUUCGCUCGUUUGCCAUGAAAAUCGCGGUAAUUUUAAUGGCGGAAAAUGGUAGAUUUUUUUUUUCCUAGAACGUUCUAUAAGAAAAUAAAGUAACGAAAGAUACACCGAGAAUGUUUUACGAAGCACAAGCACGGUAGAUAAGUUUGUUCGGUAGAACGUACGACGAAAGCUCGCGGGGAAUAAUAAGAGGCGCAUUGCUUUGGAGAGGAAAAUUCAAGAAAGGUGGAAAUAAAUUUGCGAAUUGCUUGGUGAAUCUUGUAUCCGCGAUGCAAGAUCAGGCACAUUAUACGGAAAGCAUUCUGCUCCGAGUGUCAUUUUCAGAAGCUGCCGGUCGUUUUCGUAGUGAUUGAAAUUAUCGGUAUACAUAAAUAGCGCGGCAAACAGCUUCCGAAAGCUUUACACGCUUUGAGUAAGAUGAGAAGAGAAUGUAUCAUCAGCAUCGAGCUAUUACGCGAUGAGAGGUCUAUUACGUAUAUAAGAACUCGACGUAGCGAAGCGCGAUGUGGGAUUAUUAUAUGGCUACGUUUUUGUCGGAGCAAAUCGUUCCUUCGUGCGCGCGCGUGUUUUUUUGUUGCUUGUUUUUGUUUGUCAAGGACAAUCUAGAAAAUUGUGCAUUUCUUUUUGUCCGUGCAAUAACGUUGCGUUCAUAACGUAACGAUGCGCGACAUGGAAAAAAGAGAAAGGAGGAGACGUUGACGGAAAAGCGGAUCAAGACGCGGCACAAAGGGACGAUUCUACGCGACAUUCUAAUCAACUAGGAGGAUUUAUUUGGUUUUGGCUGUGAGCUACGACCACAUGCGAAGGGGAGAUCCGUGUGGCUCUAAUGAAAGAGAACGCACCCUUCCAGAGCGAAGGCGAGUGAUAAAUAGUGAGAAGGCAAUAUUAAUAAAGAAAAAAAAGAAAAAGAAAUGUUAUUAAAAAAUAGCGGAUCGGAGCGACCAUUUCCGAUCCUACCGGGAUACAAGGGUAGACUUUCACAUAGAGUAUGCCUAAUAUAUAUAUAUAUAAAUAUAUAAAUAUAAUAUAUAUAAAUAAUAAAAAAUAAUAUAAAUAUAUAUUAUAAAUAUAUAGUAAUAUAUAUUACUAUAUUGAAUAUAUAUUAUUAACGAAAUAGAUGAACUUAUAUAUUAUUUGUUGGGAGAGCAUAUUGCAUAUAUAUAUUACACAUAUUUAAUAUAUUUAGGAUAUUUAUUUGUUGAUUUGGUGAUAUAUAUACUAUAUGAUUUUUAUAAAGGUUCGCGCGCGCGGCAUGGAGAGGCCGGCCUAUAAAAAGCGUUUCGAAAAUGCAAAAAAAUAAAAAAAAAAAAAAGAAAGAAGAAAGAAUCACAGCGAAGGAUGAACAUGAGUGCAUGCAGAUUUUAAUGACGAUAUGUAUAACGUCGAUAUGUAUGACGAUAUGUGACGUAAAGCGUUCAAAGUGUUCUCGCACGAUCGCAUCUUACGUCGAUCUGAUUAUUACAGAUAUACAGAAGCGGUUCGAUAAUAAGUGUGAUCGUGCAAAAUUGUCUUCUAUCUAAAGUACAGAGGUUUUAUCAAUUUUCUUUUCGUCCGAACAGAUUGUUAUCUGCGAUUGCAAUUUACUUAUGAAAUUGGUCGAUUGAUUAAGCCCGGUUCAGAUUGCCUGCUUUCGUUGUCAGCAACGAAGGCGGAGGAAGUACACUUUCGAAACGUGAAGACAUUAAUUGUCGCGUUUAUUGUCGUUAUUUCGAUACAGUUUCUUUGCGAGUGCAAUUAAUAUUUGAUUUAAAGAGGGGAAUUGAGCAAAAUGUUGUAGUGUGAUUUGUUAUUGCUUAAUGACAAUUAAUCGAACAGCCUAAAAUGAGUCCUUAUAUUGCUGGCCUAAUGUUACUUAUAAUCCAAAUAGAUUCGAUCGAGACAAUGUUUUUCUUUUUUAUCGUUAAGUCUAUUAGUGAAAUUACAUUUUAUUUCUAUAAUUUAGUUCUCUUUUUAUUUAGUCGUGUAUGGGUUAAAAAACCGAAAAAAAAUAUUUAAUUUAAUAUGAUUCUAUUAAUGUACUUGAUUUAAUAAUAUGCGAUAUAUAUAUGUGUAUGUAUAUGUCGUUCAAAGAGAAGCAAGCGGGAAACGCUGAAUCGGCCUUAAUUACGAUACUCACUACAGUCUGUUGCAGAAACGCGCUCGAAGUGACGACGCGUGUGUAUAUAUACAUAUAUUCAUGCAUGCACAUCGCGUAACGUACAUACACCCAUAUCUACACGUACACUCGGUCACGCAGCAAGCUCUCGUGUUUACGAAUUUGCGCAUUGAUGAGACGCUACGACGAAAUAAUAUCGGUUUUUAUUUUACGUGGAUUGUGAAAUCACGAAAAUUCGCGUGAUCAACGAGGAAUUAUUUGCCGAAGCAAUUUCUUCGGAUUUUUAUUUCCGCGAAUUGAUUAGAGCGAGUCUCUCCACGAUCACUUGAAAUUGAGAUAGUGAUUGGCGUUGUCAAAAAUAAAUUUUGCAAUUUCGUUAUUAGAAGUUUGUUUGUAAGAAAUGUUGUGUAAUUGUUAAAAUUAUAUGGAGAAAAGUAAGACAUUAUUCUUGCAACUAAUUUGUUUUUAUAUCGUUUUAUCGAGUUUCACGUUUACUUCAGCAGUUUAUUCUUGAGCCUGCACUAUCAAUUCUAGAGAGUUCUAUUCUCGACUUCGUGCUUUUCUUCACAAAUGUAACGUUCUUUUACCGAUUUCGCGAUCAGCCGAAUCGCCAUUCUGUAUCCUUGCGUAUGCUACACACGCGUUACAUUACGAAGCACGCAAACCGACAACGUAGAGGUACAUGGCUAACGUUUUUUGACUUUUUCGAUCGUUCACAUAGUCACCCCAGUAGAUGAAGCUUGUAAAUAGUAACCGAAUGUUAUACGAUUACAAAGUAACGAGAUACAAUUACGACGAUUGAAACACUGUGAGGAGAGGGAGUUCCUCUCGCGAGCGGAGCCCCUCGUAUUACUAAGCGCCUACGACUAUUAAUACGAUUAGCGUAUUGCUCUGAACAGAGAAUGGACCUCGUGCGCAAAUUGUGAAGGUGGAAACAAACGGCAAAGCCUGUCCGUUUCGCUGGCCGCGCAGAUCGGACUUUCGAACGAAGCGAAAUUUUCAACGAGAGACGAAUUCACGCGAGGACUUUGGCCAAAAAAUUGAAACAAACAUAAAAUAAAACACAGAGCACUUUGAUAAAUAAAGUUUCAGAUAAAAACACCCGUGCCAACGAGGCGUGCAAAAUCUCGGAGUCCACUUCUCUUUUCGGAUCACGGGAGAGUAGCGUGUGCAUACUUACCUGUAUACUAAGCAUACCGUAAACAAAAAAAAAAAAAACUAGUUUCCAACGAAGAAUAUUAAAGAAACGGAAUCGUUACGACACUUACACGUAUAGAUAGUUCGCGAAAUAGAUUUAAAGGAAAAAAAACAAAAAAAACAAAAAAGGGUAUCGAACGAUGGAGUUAAACGAGCGUGAGACGCGAACGUGUGCAAGGUGGGAGAGAGAGAGAGAGAGAGAGAGGGGGGGAAGCGAAGAGAGAGGGUUGACUGGACAAGUGACAUACUCCAUGCCUUAUAAUAAUAGGUAAUACAAUUAACGCGUAAGCAUAGGUAGAUUUAUUUAACUAGCGAAUUAAUCAUAAGGGAUAGAGACACCGUAUUGUUCUGAUUCGCACCUGACGAUGGGAAUCCAGAUUGGUCACAUCGUCGCGGGACGAGAAAAUUCUUCUCAUCGCCGUGGCGACACCCGAAGUAGGGAGCAGAAUUUUGUGGGAUUGAUAAAUUCUUGGGUGGCGUCUCGAAUUCCCAGCGUCAGUGUGCUUUGUAGGCAAGUGAACGCUAAUCGAAAUACUUGGACGAACAAAAGUGCACGAUAAUCGAAGCAAAAGAUUUUUCUCGCGAAUUGUAGACCAAUCAAUUACUCAUCAAUUAUGCUUCAUGUCUUUUAACGAACACGUUAUUUUAAACGAUCAUUCGCCUAAACGUCAGAACGAAAAAAGUUCGAAAGAACAUCCGACGAAAAUUGAGGAAGAAACGUCGAAGGGAUGUCCGAAGAUUUGUUUCACUCAUCGUGCGCUUUUGUUUCUUUUAAUCGUAGUGAGUAGUGAGCAUCCCUAAACGUAGUAGGGAAAGUGAUGCCGCUAAGUCGAACGACGCUGCGUGAUUUGGUAGUUUUUAAUCGCUUUACUACGGGCCGGCGAAGUAAUCUCGGAGGAGUCGAGUUCGAUUUUCUAUUGCGGUUUGUGUGCGUUUUUUUCCAAUCACUCUUGCAACUUUGCGUUCGCGAGUAUUAGCUUAUUCGCUCAGUCUACUUUGCACUUGGCUCUCGCGCGUUAUAUUUUUUUGAAACAGUUAAACAGUGACAUUGAAUGUGAGUGAUAUUAGUGUAUGAGAUGAAGAGAGUGUCGAGAUUUUCGACGCCACGACAUCGCGUCGAAAUUAUUUACGAAAAUCACGGUCACAUUGGAAGUGAAUCGCCGUUGUGUCACUGUUGAAUCAGUUAAUUUAACAAGUGACGUUGUUAAUUCACACCAGUUUGGCACUACAUAUCUCGCUUAUACACGCGCGCAACACUAAUUAUGAGCAAUUUGCCCAAUGAUAAUCGCAACUCUUACCGCGUAAACGAAACACAUCGAACGCUUUAUCCCGUAGGUAACGCGUAGUCCCUAGAAGCUGUGAAAAGAAACGAUAGCGAGAAAGCCGAUUUGUUAAUAUUUAUUUAGAUACGCAAUUCACGAUAAGUAAGUCAUCCUGGAGAUGGACGUUUGUUUUUGUCGGACCUUAUACGUUAAACGUUAACCCUAAAUGAUAGAGUUUAUUAUACUUACAGAGUGUAAGAGAAAGGCUGGCGGAGAGACCCGUUGCGUGUGGUAACCACAUGAAUUUAUAUUUAUGUAAAUGAAAUUCUUACGAUAUUUGUUUUGACGUUACAAAUUUUAUUUACAUAUCUCUAUUAUUUAUGUAUUUAUAUGCUAAUGUUCGUGUAAAAGGCAGAAACGAGGAGUUCUCCGAACAAAAACUUUGCGUUUGAGGUGAAGAGAGCCGGUCAGAAUUUUCUUACACGUUUUUAGGGUAUUUGAAACCUUCAUAGAUUAUUUCAUACUCAUAGCAUCGGUGAAUAGAUUUCAGAAAGUUCUUCGAGAAAUCGCGACAGCUCCGAUUGUUGAUUUUUUUUGUUUGGAGGAUGAGAGAUCGCACGCGAGUUUCUAAAGAGAUUUCCGAAGGUGCUAUUCAUCAGGAAACAUAGCGUCACGUGGUAAUACUUUUAAUUCGCUGUAAAUAUUCAUUUCAACUUAAUUUACGUCACGACAGAGAUUCUAAUCGCAGCAAUUAUAAAGCGCGAAUUAUUCUGUGCGAUGAAAAAUUGUGUCUAUUUACAAAAUUUAUACACUUAGCAAUUUUCUUAUUCUCUAUUUGUCCUCAUUUAAUAUUCUCUUUGGAGGAAUCCUCGAAAAACGUCUUUUUUUUUUAUCCUUCCAGGAAUUAACAAGCAUCAUUAAUCGUUUGACAAAUUAUGUACGUUCUGUUUUCAAUGCUUUUCUAGGGUUUGGUCUUUAGUUCGAUAAAUGGGUGGAAGGUGAAUACAAUUUGCACGCACUAUAAUUCUUAGAGUAACGGUGACCUCUGCGACGAAAAAUGUUUCCGCUGAGCGGCUAGUGACACAUAUUUAUGCAAUAAUAGAUUAAUAAGUAGGAAUGUGCGUGUUCACGCGUAUGUCUCGCAAAGCGCGAGUCGAACAGUGAUUGAAAAUCGUGAUCCACGUGACGCGAAGUUUUCCUUGAUACCAUUGGCAAUAUCGUCGAGGGAGUUUUUUCGAGGAUCGAGAUCGGGCGAGAUGCGCGAUCGAUCCUCGAGCAACGAUUCCCGCGAUUGUGAUACGCUAUAAUAGUCGUCAGACGUCUUAAUCCGUUAGCGCGGCUUAUUGUUCUGAUUUGUUGUGUCAUUUCGAACUUCUGUGUUAUUUUUAAUAAAUCCAUGGAUUAUUUUGUUUCUACGCCUAUCUUUAUUUCCGUUUGAUCCUGAGUUUUCAGUUCCUCUAUCUUUUGUAAAGAUAAAUAAAAAGCGGAUGUCUUUUGUUUAAGUUUAUUGAAAUAAAUAAUUAGCUAUAGGAAGAAAUGGAAAAGUUCAACAAUUGUGAAGCUAAUGUUUAAUUUUGGAUUUUAAAAAAUAUUCUAAUUUUAACAAAUAUAUUUUCACUGUAAUUUUUUUCUUUACAUUUGUUUAAGUUCGUAUAUUUUUUUAAUUUCUAAUACUUUAUGAUUUUUUAAUUGAGUCAGUUCGCGGAUCACGCAGCUUUGUUCGUUCUCAGAAGCGCGUCACCUUCAAGUCAAUGCACGAAACAGCAGCAAUAAGCGGUACUGUUAAUUAAUUAGAUAAUAGCAGCGUUUAUCGAAAAGCGCCAAGAAAGUGAUCCAAAACGACAUGUUAGACAUUGCGCUCGCCGAUCGAGCGCCAGCAAUUCGGCAAACUCGGGGGAACUUUGAUACCGAUUUCACUGAUCGCUUAUUGAUUGAUGGCCUGAAAGCAUUGUCCGAAUUGCAUAUUAUAUUAGCAAUAUAUUAAAAGGUGGAAUAUAAGAACAGCGACAGGAAAUGUUAUGGGCGUUAAUGUUAUAUAAUUACAAAACAACGCCUUUCAGAAAUUUGUACUCCGGAAGGACUUGCGCUUAACAAAAAUUUGCGAAGAUAUUGAUAUAAUUUUUUGAUUUUUGACAUUAAGCAUUUUGCUAACUGUUCAAAGAAGAUUUAGUUAAAUCAAUGGAAAUAUUCAAUGAAAAAUAUAAUAAGUUUAAUUCUUUUAAGCUCAUGUCAA